AUGGCUGAUACUAAAGAUUUGACAGAGGUGAAAGCACCGACGACGCAAGGAAGAAGAGAAGAUGUUCCUAAUACAGUAGUUUGUCCAAUGCUCACGACGACAAACUAUAACGUUUGGGUGAAGAAGAUGAAAGCUCUAUUUAAAGUUCAUAAGGUAUGGGAGGCAAUUGAACCAGGAACAGAGGACGAAGACAAGAUUAAUAUGGCGACUGUACUGCUGUAUCAAUCUUUGCCUGAGACUCUGGUAAUGCAAAUUGGAGAUGAUGAUACUCCUAAAGAAAUCUGGGAAUCAAUCAAAACAAGAAACGUUGGUGCGGAACGUGUAAAAGAAGCUCGCCUAAUAACACUUAUGAAUGAGUUUGAUCGUAUCACUAUGGAAGAUUCAGAGAGCAUUGAUGCUUUCUCAGGAAAAUUAUCUGAACUAGUAUCAAAAGCGGCUUCACUAGGACACAAGAUUGAUCAACCAAGAAUUGUCAAGAAAUUUUUAAAUAGUCUACCUCUGAAGUUCUUCCAUAUGACUGCAUCUCUGGAGCAAUUACUGGACUUGAAUAAAAUUCCUUUUGAAGACAUUGUUGGGAGACUCAAAGCUUAUGAGGAGCGCCUAAAAGGAAAGAUACCGCAAGAUCAACAAACCAGUCUUCUAUUCUCAAGUUCAGAAAGCACGAAUGAUCAGAACUGGAGAGGACGAGGUAGAGGAUCGUAUCGCGGACGUGGGCGUGGCAACAUAGGAAGAGGACGUGGAAGAAGCAACUCCGGUGAAUGGAACAAAUAA